GAUCGGUUUAUUCGGUUUGGUCAGUUUAUAAACCAAGUCAUAUCCAUAUACCCCGGUUUCUUAAAAAUAACAUUCAUUCGGUAUGUUCGGUAUUACCAAAUCCAAACCAAUUUUUCUAUUUUGGUUUGGUUUAAUUUUAGUUGGUUCGGUUUUACCGGAUUGAACGAAUCCCUCCUUCGUCGGAAAAGAUACAUAAGAAAUAAACUGCUCAAAUAAUUAAAGUAAAAAUUGGAAAGAUUCAAGGACAUCUAAAUAACCGUAAAUAACCUAUAAAUAACCCAUAAACUUAAAAUAAGAUGUAAAUAGCCCCUAAAUCUUGAUUAACUUUUAGAAGUGUGGGGUCAAAUACACAAUUACAUAUUUCCAAAAACCCUAACGCCUCUUCAAAACCUUGGCGAGGACCACGACGAACAAUGGAUAGUUCGGUCUGUGGGGAAUGCAAGUUGAAACCAUGGAAGUACAAGUGUCCGGGAUGUUCGAUCCGUUCCUGUGGGCUUCCUUGUGUGAAAGCUCACAAGCAGCGAACAGGUUGUACAGGCAAGAGGAAGGUCACAGACUUCGUUACCCUCUCACACUUCGACGAUAGUCUCCUUCUCUCUGACUACAGAAUGCUGGAGGAGACAAAGAGAGUAGCAGAGUCUGCUAAGAGAAUGAGAAAUCAGAUAUGCAAAAAUCCUUACUUUAAGGAAUCUCAGCGUACUAAACUUCGAGCUGCUGCUGCUAGGGGAAGUACUAAUCUACUGUUUCUUUCUAGUGGAAUGUUGAACCGGGAAAGGAAUCAGACUCGUUAUGAUAACCGGAGUAAGUGCAUCUCUUGGACAAUUGAGUGGCGGUUCCACUCUACAGAUGUGGUUCUUGUUGACCAUGGAGUUGGUGAAGAUACAAGUCUUUGCUCUGUCAUAGAGAAUCAUCUUAAGCCAGGCCCUUGGAUUCACAAGCUCAAGCCUUUUUGUGAUGUGGAUCUUGUUUCUCUCAAACUUUUUAUCCGCCAACACCAAAAGGGUGCAAAGGCUACUUUCAAGGAGCUGGACAUCAAGGCUUCUUUGAGGCAACAACUUGCCAAAGUAGCUAUUGUAGAGUACCCGGUGAUCCAUGUAUAUCUGCCUUCACAGAGCUAUGACUUUGAAGGUAUCAGAGACUUCUACCACUUAAACACCACACCUGAUCCUAAUGGUUCCUUAUACUAUAGCCACGGAGAUACUACAGAAGGUAAAAUAACCUCACGAGAAGAGGAAAUAGGAGAAGACGGCCGUUGAAACUUUUUUGAUCAGCAAAAGGAUUAUAUUCAUGCCUAAGCUCCCAUGUCAAGCACAUUGGCUAUUGUUAGUAUCAUCAGAAGCUUUUUACUGAAUGAGAUAGGCCAAUCCAUUUGGUUGCUGCUACGUUUUGGGUUUAGGCUUUGAUCAACUACAAUGUUUUUGUGUAGCGAGCUUGAUUGUUACGUUCUCCGAAGUUUUUGUUCAGCCUUACUUU